AUGCACGUGCAUUCAGAUAUCUUAAGGGGAAAGGCUACCGUCAGAGGCGAUGGCUCUUGGGUGCGAGUGGACUUUCCUACUCCAAUGAAAGAAGCACUAGUAUUUUUAGGGUCGCUGGAUUCUAUUAGCGACUACAGCUUGGUACCUCAGGUGGGAGAAGUGGAUAAAGACGGCUUCACUGUUCGAGUGACGGUGCCGUCUUGCGUAGUCACCGACCUGUCGAGGACUCACUUCUCUGUCCCUUACCUUGCGUGGAAAAAGACAAGCGGUUCGAAUUACAUUGCAGCGUCCAUUACCCUGAAAAUGACAAAAGGGUUAUCGGGGUAUGAUACAUACUCCCGCACGUACCACUUGGAAACUUCGAUUGCUAAGAACGACGACUAUCUCACACUCAUGCAGAUUCAGAACAUGAAGGCAGUUGAAGAUGGUGCAUCUGAGUUCAACACAACACCAUACGUGUCCGUCAGGGGCUUCACAAACCCAGCCACGCAAUCUGUUACGUACUCUUUUUCAGACACUGUUUAUUCAGUGGUUUCCUCUGUCAGUAUUGCGGUUUUUAUUAUCGGCUCCGCUGGUCCCGCAAGUCUUGGAGGAGCCAAACUUCAAGUGGGUUGGGCACAUAGCUUGUAUUGA